AUGGCGUGUUUUCAAGAACACAUCAAGGCGGCUUACGUAUAUGCCAGUCUACCCGUAGCCAGGGGAGUCUUGAAUACCUACAGAACCGAAGAACGACCCACAAUAACACUUUUUGAUGACGAGGCUGAUGGUUCUUCAGCAGGCAGAAGUCACAUUAAAAGUGCGACUCCACACAAGGGCAGAAUUACGGCAACCAAAAAGCCUCCUGAACCAACGAAAACUCGCGAUGCUUCUGACAUCACGGAAACUGCAGUCGAAUCCAAUGGAAGAAUAAGCAUCUCCACGCAAACGGGACUCUACCUGGAGGAGAUUACUGACAUUGUCGAGACGGACAAUUUCGGCGUCCAGACAGACCAAUUUGUCGAUCGUCCAACGUCCCCGAUCAUGUACAUAGCCAAAAUUGGAAUCGACGUAGCCACGCAGAUUGAGCCAUGGGAGGUGAGUCAAUCCACGGGAGUUUUGUGUCCCGCUGACUUGAACUUCUUUACCGUCUUUCAGCUAUUUGAUUUCGAAAUUGAAGUCAGACCUCUGAUGGAGGUCUUGCUGAACAAGACGAUGGAGCAGGCGUUGAUGGAGGUGAUAGAGGAGGAGGAACUGGCGGAAAUCCGCAAAAAGCAGUUGGCCUUUGAGGAGUUGAGGAACGCUGACCUCGCCGAGGUGGAACGCCUCGAAGAACGCAAUCGUAGAUUCAGGUCUGGUCCAAACUGCGGCCUCCCUUGUAAUGAUACUUUAAGAGAAGAGAAUGAGAGAAGAAUUAAGGAGGCGGAGAAAGCCGCUGUCUUGCGCCAACUGACGGCCGAAAAGAUCGCCGCUCGCAGCUUCGUCAAGGCCUACUUGGAGCCGAUUUUGCCUAACACGUUUGAGCUCCUCACUGCCCGAGGGUACUUCUACGACAACGUCCAGCAAGAACUUGAGGAAUCCUUCGUGACCUCUCUUAUGGAGAAAACCGUUAAUUUGAAUACUCUUGAGUUGCGUGCUCGACUGACUAUAGACGGAAUUAUAAGAGAGGCUGUUUUGCAACGCCACGUGGAAUACAGGGAACUGGGUCGUGAGCUCAUGACGGAGGAGUUGAUAACGCGAGUUAUACCGGGUCUGCGGACAACUCUCGCACACAUGGUUAUCAAGCAGCUGAUCGGUUUGGCCAUCGAGAGGCUGGAGCAGAUAGCCGCGGCCAGAAAACGCGUUCUUGCCGAGGUUGUCGGCGAGAUACUGGAAGAUGCCAUCACCACGACCGCGGAAAGGGAGGCCAAGAGGCUGGAGGAACUGGAAGCUCUCGAGGCCGAAAUGACGGAGGUAGUGCUGAGUGGAAAAUCGUCAAUACAGAAAGUUGUUUUCCACAAACUCACUCCCGCAGAAACCCUCUAUCUGGAAAGCACAAACAAAAUUGAGAAAAAUGAUAUUUCCGACUGUUCAUUCAUUAAAUUUCAAAUAUGGGAUUUCCCGGGGCACAUCGAUUUCUGCGACCCAAUGUUCCUCUCCGAUGCUAUAUUUACUGAAUCUUGCGCUAUCAUUUUUGUUAUCGACGCACAGGAUGACUACUUAUCAGCGUUACACCGACUCAAUUCAACUAUCGAAUAUGCCCAUAAGGAAAAUCCAAACAUCAAGUAUGAAGUGUUCAUCCACAAAGUGGACUGUCUGUUGGAGGACCAGAAGAUCGAAAUCCAACGAGACAUUGCCCAGCGCGUGAACAACAUCGUGGAUGACAUUGUCUCCACGCACAACGCAAACGGUGGUGGAUCAUCUGGCGUCAGCAUUGGCUUUCAUCUCACAACCAUCUACGAUCACUCCGUCUUUGAGGCGUUCAGCAAGGUGGUGCAAAAGCUCAUUCCCUACUUGGACGCAUUUGAGGACCUCCUGAACAUCUUCAUAUCGAGUUCAAUGUUGGACAAGGCGUUUUUAUUCGACGUCGCGAGCAAAAUCUACUUGGCCACCGACUCAACGCUGGUCGACAUGCAAACGUACGAGCUGUGCUGUGAUAUGAUUGACGUAGUGACCAACAUCUCCUCCAUUUACACCCCCCACCAAGAACUCACUGACCCUCCGUUCUCCGAGCAGACGUCGUCCACAAUCGUCCUGAACAACGACACUGUCAUCUACCUUCGCGGCAUUAAUCGCUACAUGGCUUUGGUGUGCCUGCUGCGGGAGGAAUCGCUGGAGAAACUAGGUAUAAUUGAGUACAACUACCAAGUCGUGAAGAAGGGCAUCCAGCGCAUGCUGAGCGUGAAUCAGCAGGCAGCGAAGACGCUGAGGUCCAGUCGGAAGGUCUCCGACGCACCCUCCGACCCACCACCACCAGACUCCGCCACCAACGGGACGUGCGAGCCCCUGGCCUAG